GGCCGGAGUCGAGCCCUAGCUCCCGCCGCCGCCACCAGCCCAGGUGCCCUCCCGUGCGCGCGUCCCUCUGUCUCAGACACCACACAACGCGACCCACCCAGAGCUGCACGGAGAGGAAAAGCAGGAGACCCGGCCAGGGGACGCACCGCAGUGAGCUCUGGACCCUGCGAUUGCGGGCACGGGACCGGGCCUGGGUGACCCGUGGCUGUAGUCUGCGGGCCACGCCACCGUGUUGCUUGCAGCCGAGGCCUCUGUGCUCUUCCCGGGACUGUCCCCAGGGCCCUCUAGGCUGGAGAGCUGCGGCCCGUGAGCCACCGGCGUGGAAGAGAAGGACGUGCAGCCCCUAGCGCCUCUCCAGCGACCUUCUCACGGAGUAUGUCCCCAGUGGGCCGGCGUGGCGUGCUCUGAUCGCCGGGGGUCCCAGCGCUCCUAUUGCUAUGGGCUCCGGGAGAGGAUGUGAGACGACGGCUGUGCCGUUGCUGGUGGCGGUGGCCGCGUUGCUGGUGGUCACAGCUGGCCACCUGUACCCUGGAGAGGUGUGCCCUGGUAUGGACAUCCGGAACAACCUGACCAGGCUGCAUGAGUUGGAGAACUGCUCAGUCAUUGAGGGCCAUCUGCAGAUCCUCCUGAUGUUCAAGACCAGACCCGAAGAUUUCCGAGACCUCAGUUUCCCCAAACUCAUCAUGAUCACAGACUACCUGCUUCUUUUCCGUGUCUAUGGCCUGGAAAGUCUAAAAGACCUCUUCCCAAACCUCACAGUCAUCCGAGGCUCCCGUCUCUUCUUCAACUAUGCCCUGGUCAUCUUCGAGAUGGUCCACCUGAAGGAGCUGGGGCUUUACAACCUCAUGAACAUCACCCGGGGCUCUGUCCGCAUCGAGAAGAACAACGAGCUUUGCUACCUGGCCACUAUUGACUGGUCCCGCAUCCUGGACUCUGUGGAGGACAACUACAUCGUACUGAACAAAGAUGACAACGAGGAAUGUGGGGAUGUCUGUCCAGGCACCGCCAAGGGCAAGACCAACUGCCCCGCCACUGUCAUCAAUGGGCAGUUUGUGGAACGGUGCUGGACACACAGUCAUUGCCAGAAAGUUUGCCCAACCAUCUGUAAGUCACAUGGCUGCACAGCUGAAGGCCUGUGCUGCCACAAGGAGUGCCUGGGCAACUGUUCGGAACCUGAUGACCCCACCAAGUGUGUGGCCUGUCGCAACUUCUACCUGGAUGGUCAGUGUGUGGAGACCUGCCCACCACCCUACUAUCACUUCCAGGACUGGCGCUGUGUGAACUUCAGCUUCUGCCAAGACCUUCACUACAAAUGCAGGAACUCUCGGAAGCCUGGCUGCCACCAAUACGUCAUUCACAACAACAAGUGCAUCCCCGAGUGCCCGUCUGGCUAUACCAUGAAUUCCAGCAACUUGAUGUGCACCCCGUGUCUGGGACCUUGUCCUAAGGUCUGCCAAAUCCUCGAAGGCGAGAAGACCAUUGAUUCUGUGACAUCUGCCCAGGAGCUCCGAGGCUGCACCGUGAUCAACGGAAGUCUGAUUAUCAACAUCCGAGGGGGCAACAACCUGGCAGCUGAGCUGGAGGCUAACCUUGGCCUCAUUGAAGAAAUUUCAGGGUUCCUAAAGAUCCGUCGCUCGUAUGCUCUGGUAUCACUGUCUUUCUUCAGGAAGCUACAUCUGAUUCGAGGAGAGACCUUGGAAAUUGGGAACUAUUCUUUCUACGCCUUGGACAACCAGAACCUGAGGCAACUCUGGGACUGGAGCAAACACAACCUUACCAUCACUCAGGGCAAGCUCUUCUUCCACUACAACCCGAAACUCUGCUUGUCUGAAAUUCACAAGAUGGAAGAAGUUUCCGGAACUAAGGGCCGCCAGGAGAGGAAUGACAUUGCUCUGAAGACCAAUGGGGACCAGGCAUCCUGUGAAAAUGAAUUACUUAAAUUUUCUUUCAUUCGGACAUCUUUUGACAAGAUCUUGCUGAGGUGGGAGCCCUACUGGCCCCCCGACUUUAGAGAUCUCCUGGGAUUCAUGCUGUUCUACAAAGAGGCCCCUUAUCAGAAUGUGACGGAGUUUGACGGGCAGGAUGCUUGUGGCUCCAACAGCUGGACCGUGGUGGAUAUUGACCCGCCCCAGAGGUCUAAUGACCCCAAGUCUCAAACCCCAAGCCACCCUGGGUGGCUAAUGCGGGGCCUCAAACCCUGGACCCAAUAUGCCAUCUUUGUGAAGACCUUGGUUACCUUCUCUGAUGAACGCCGGACCUACGGAGCCAAAAGUGAUAUCAUCUAUGUGCAAACAGAUGCUACUAAUCCUUCUGUUCCGCUGGAUCCCAUAUCAGUUUCUAAUUCCUCAUCUCAGAUUAUCUUAAAGUGGAAGCCCCCCUCCGACCCCAAUGGCAACAUCACACACUACCUGGUCUACUGGGAGAGGCAGGCAGAGGACAGCGAGCUGUUUGAGUUGGAUUAUUGUCUCAAAGGGCUGAAGCUCCCUUCACGGACCUGGUCCCCACCCUUUGAGUCUGAUGAUUCUCAGAAGCACAAUCAGAGUGAGUAUGACGACUCAGCCAGUGAGUGCUGCUCAUGCCCUAAGACUGACUCUCAGAUCCUGAAGGAGCUGGAGGAGUCUUCAUUCAGGAAGACCUUCGAGGAUUACCUGCACAACGUGGUUUUUGUCCCCAGAACAACCUCUUCAGGCAAUGGUGCUGAGGACACUAGGCCAUCUCGAAAGCGAAGAUCCCUUGAAGAGGCGGGCAACGUGACAGCCACCACACCCACACUUCCAGAUUUCCCCAAUAUUUCCUCCACCGUUGUGCCCACAAGCCAGGAGGAGCACAGGCCAUUUGAGAAAGUGGUGAACAAAGAGUCACUUGUCAUCUCUGGCCUGAGACACUUCACUGGGUACCGCAUUGAGCUGCAGGCAUGCAAUCAAGACUCCCCAGAUGAGAGGUGCAGUGUGGCUGCCUACGUCAGUGCCCGGACCAUGCCUGAAGCUAAGGCAGAUGACAUCGUUGGCCCUGUGACCCAUGAAAUCUUUGAGAACAAUGUUGUACACUUAAUGUGGCAAGAGCCAAAGGAACCCAAUGGUCUGAUUGUGCUGUAUGAAGUGAGCUAUCGGCGAUAUGGGGAUGAGGAACUGCACCUCUGUGUCUCCCGGAAGCAUUUUGCACUGGAGCGGGGCUGCAGGCUGCGAGGGCUCUCCCCAGGAAACUACAGUGUUCGAGUCCGGGCUACCUCCCUGGCCGGAAAUGGCUCCUGGACAGAACCCACCUAUUUUUAUGUGACUGAUUACUUAGAUGUCCCAUCAAAUAUUGCCAAAAUUAUCAUCGGGCCCCUCAUCUUUGUCUUCCUCUUCAGUGUUGUGAUUGGAAGUAUUUAUCUAUUCCUGAGAAAGAGGCAGCCAGAUGGGCCAAUGGGACCACUGUACGCAUCUUCAAACCCCGAGUACCUCAGUGCCAGUGAUGUGUUUCCGUCUUCUGUGUACGUGCCGGACGAGUGGGAGGUACCUCGAGAGAAGAUCACCCUCCUCCGAGAGCUGGGACAGGGAUCCUUUGGUAUGGUGUAUGAAGGCAAUGCCAAGGAUAUCAUCAAGGGUGAGGCAGAGACCCGUGUUGCGGUGAAGACUGUCAACGAGUCAGCCAGUCUUCGAGAACGGAUCGAGUUCCUCAAUGAGGCAUCAGUCAUGAAGGGAUUCACCUGCCAUCAUGUGGUCCGCCUUCUUGGGGUGGUAUCCAAAGGCCAGCCAACACUGGUAGUGAUGGAAUUGAUGGCUCAUGGAGACCUGAAAAGUCACCUUCGUUCUCUGCGGCCAGAUGCUGAGAAUAACCCAGGCCGCCCUCCCCCUACCUUGCAAGAAAUGAUUCAGAUGACAGCAGAAAUUGCUGAUGGCAUGGCAUACUUGAACGCCAAGAAGUUUGUGCAUCGGGACCUGGCAGCUCGAAACUGCAUGGUUGCCCAUGAUUUUACUGUCAAAAUUGGAGACUUUGGAAUGACAAGAGACAUCUACGAGACAGAUUACUACCGGAAAGGGGGCAAGGGACUACUGCCUGUGAGGUGGAUGUCACCUGAGUCCCUGAAGGAUGGAGUCUUUACUGCUUCUUCUGAUAUGUGGUCCUUUGGAGUGGUCCUUUGGGAAAUCACUAGCCUGGCUGAACAACCUUAUCAAGGCCUGUCUAAUGAACAGGUGCUGAAAUUUGUCAUGGAUGGAGGUUAUCUGGACCCCCCUGAUAAUUGUCCAGAGAGACUCACUGACCUGAUGCGCAUGUGCUGGCAGUUCAACCCCAAGAUGAGGCCAACCUUCCUGGAAGUCGUCAACCUGCUCAAGGAUGACCUCCACCCCAGCUUUCCAGAAGUUUCCUUCUUCUACAGCGAGGAGAACAAGGCUCCUGAGAGUGAGGAGCUGGAGCUGGAGUUCGAGGACAUGGAGAAUGUCCCCUUGGAUCGCUCCUCUCACUGUCAGAGAGAAGAGGCUGGGGGAGGGAGGGAGGGAGGGUCCUCUCUGAGCAUCAAACGGACCUAUGAUGAACACACCCCCUACACCCACAUGAACGGGGGCAAGAAGAACGGGCGUGUCCUCACCCUGCCGAGGUCAAACCCUUCCUAACAGCACCUUCUUGGGGAAGGAUUCUUUUCUUUUCUCUCUUUCUUUUUUAAAACUCUUCUGUAGUUUGACUGCCUCCAGGAAACUCAGGAUUAUCAGGACUCUACCCAGAUGUGAAACUGAGCUCAGAGAUAGUUCAUACACAUUUCUGUUUGUCUUUUGACCUGAAAACACACAAGCGUGAUUGCCAACCCUGCGAGUCUGUGGAGGGCUAACUGUGAACCUAGAGGGGUUGGGCUUUCCGUACUCCCUUCCCUGCCCCCACUGUGUCAAACCGAGAUUUUAUUGUUGGUGGUGUUGUUUUCCUCAUAGUUUGGAAGAAUGCACCUGAUUUUACAGAUAUUUUUCUCUUUUUGCUAGUGUCUGAGUUAUAGUUAGUUAUCAACGACAGACUUUAUUUAUGGAUAACAAGUCAGAAAGCAAAGAAGAAACAGACAGAAAACAAAACAAAACCUGACCUACAGAACCUGGUUCUAGAAGUACAUGCUUUGCAGGGUUGGGCUUUGAGAAGGGUUUCAUUAAUCUGAGAGAAGGAUUUUAGUUUAGUUUAGUUUAGUUUUUUUCCUCAUUCACAAAAAUCAGUUCCUCAAAUUGACCAAUAGCUGCUGCUUUCGUAUUUUACUUUGGGAAAGGGUGUGUACUCCUCCAUGUGUGCUCAUCUGCACACCUGUGUGCAUUUGUGUGUGUGUGUGUUGUGUCCAGGUUAGAGAUCACAGGGUGGGGUGGGGGGCUGUGUGUAUGUAAAAUAUUCUCUGCGACUGAUGCUUGGUGAACUGGCUCAUGAAGCUCCUGCUGCUGGGAGUGUGUGACCUCAUAUUGUCCUCUUCCUUUUUAUUAACUGAGAGUCUGUGCCGUCGAGAGAGCCUUCUCAGUCACGUCAGAAGUCUUGCUCAGGUGUCUUCUUCCCCUUCCCUUUGGUGAUGUUUUCCAAAACCAGAGGGAGGAUUAUUUGGGAUUAUUUGGUCUGGAUUCAUUCAGGAUCUUUGGAAGACCAAACAAUGCAAAGGACACACACACACACACACACACACACACACACACACACACACUGUAGAAGGAAGUAAAGCAACAAUUUUGAGAAUAUAUUUGUAACAUAUUUAAAGUUUAUGGAAUCCCUGGCAUGAACCUAAUAAGUUAUUAUUUCCUUGGGAGCAGGGCAAGUGGUGGGUACAUCUGCCUGUGUGGGGAGACAGGACAAUGUGUGAGUGGCCUCCGUGUUUGGUCUUUGAAACACAUCUUUUUCUGGGAAUUAUACCACAUUAGCUGCUAGCCCUUUAGGACUCGGUGAGUUCUUGUGGAGUUUGUGGGUAACUGGAUUUUUGACUGGUUCAGAUAGUGACACUGACUGGAUGUUUCUUUCUUGGAUACACUGGUGGUUACCUGGAGCUGAGAUGGCCUUCCAGAACACCCGUGUUCAUCUGGUUUUCCUCUGCUUGUGUACCUCACUUCUUCAAGGCCUACACUUUGCUCAGUCAUUGUACAAACAUACUAAACUCAGAUCCCAAAGACCAGUGACACAGAUGGGCUUUGAGAACACUAAGCAAUAUACAAGGCGGUGCACCUUCCGAUCCCUGUUGGUCUCCUCCGCCUUUGGGGCGUCUGGCUAUUCUCCACACUAAACUCCCACAGCUGCUCUUGGUGCCCAGGGACCUCAGCUUGGGCCAGAUGUAGUGCCUGAGUGUAUUUCUCAGGUGCUUAUGUUUCAGAUUCUAGAGACUAAAGUCUGGAGGAGAAAACAUCAGAGACUUUCUUCUCACCAUCAAGAACUUGUGAAAGGACAUGGACUCACAGCUUCUCUUUGCAUAAAACCACAGCUGCUCAAGCAAAAGAAAUAACUAUGGUGAACUCAAAAUCCUCCCAGAGGUUCUUUCCUGCGUGCAUUUCCCCACAAAUAUCUGAUACCUUCUUCUCCCCUAGGAGAUGUGAGAUAAAGACACACUGGCCACCCCAAAACCCUCUUGAUUCUUGGUUGAGAACACAAGUAAACAUAAAUCCUGGUUGCCAAUUGCUGUCAAAUUUAUAUUGGAAAAAUUGUAACAUGUUAAAUGUUACCAGGGAACUCAAUGAUUGGUACAAGAAGCAAGAGUUACAGUUACUUUUACCCAAAACACUUUGUAAAUAGAGGUUCUGCGCAUCAAUGGAAGACACCAUAGGUCUGGAUGUUUUUUGUUUGUUUUCCUCUUCACAGUAAAUUUGUAGUGAUGCUAUACUAGCAGAAAUUUUCACACCUUUCUAAUUCAAAAGGUUUUCUUAUAGUACCGGGGAAAGUAUUUAUUUUAAUAUAUAAAAUCACUCUUGAAAAUCACUUUUGUAAAAAAAUGGUAUGCAUGUAAAUUUUUUUUUAUCAAGGAAAAAUAAAAACAGGUGAGUGUGGGUCAUUUUUUUUUCCUUCUUCUCAGUACAGUCUACCUCAGUGUCUUAUUAGGAUGUGGUUCAAUAACAGAUGUUGAGGCGUCACGAUUCUGGCUGAAUCAUUCUUGAAGUUGGGGAGCUGUGUACCAGUUGAUUUUUUUUUUAAGUGCCAGGGACUAAGAAGGAUUUUGAAGGAGAGAAGUUGGGACUAAAAAGCCAGAGCCUUCCUGUGAACCCAGAGUCUUCUUGUUGCUAAUAUUCUUCUGAAUAUAACCUCCUUAUAAAAACCCAUUUGUUGGCUGCACACUCCUCACACGAAAGCCACACUUCAGGUUAUCAUGAUUUAGCCUCUUUUUGAGGCCCCGAUCUAAAGCCUUUUGGUGAAAAGUGGUUGUUUCUUUUACUGAUGAGGCUGUGAGCCAGCACCUUAAGAUGCCACAUGAAAUCCCCCCAGACCUUGAUGCAAAGAGAAUCUGGGUUCUCUGACCAUUAUUUCUUACCCUGUUUAGACCCAUGAGGCAGUUUGUGGGCACCUCCUACACAAAGGCAAGGUUAUUUGGGGGAAAUCUUAAUACAAAACCUAUCACUUUCCUGAACAUAUCUCAAACAAUAAAAUAGGAACGCUAUGCUGGGGUUUGGUUGACUUCAAGCUGACACUGUUUGGCCUUGUGAAAAUUUGAGAAAUCUGGAAAUCAAGGCAGGGCCCUUUGCCAUACUAUUUCACUUUAGGACACUGUCCUUGAAAAUUUGCUCUUUUCCAUCUUUUCUAGAGAGGUGCACCAACUUGAGUGACCCUACCAAGGAGGACUCUACUAAUUUCGUUUUGAUAUCAACUGUUGCUGGGAAGGAAACAAGUAGCUACUUGGGUCAUGAGACUCAUUUUGGUUUCAGAUGAUGUUAGCUUUGUAAGAAAACAAUCUUGAGACCUGAAAGUCAUGGUUACCCUGGGAGUUUGUAGUGAUGGGUGAGAGAGAGGAAAAAAGCAACAAAACCAAGUCACAUGGAUACUUCUUGUGUGUUUUGGAAGCUGUCUCGUUUUAAAACUACUUUUAUGAUCAUGGUGAAAGCCAUGCAGUUAUUUCUUCCAUGAUAGCAGCAGACAUGUUUCCUAUCUGGUUCAAUGAUGUCAAGUGCCCAUCAGGAAAUGUUCAUGUACUUAAAGCCCUUCUAAAUGUUUCCCUAUCAUUUGGAGCUAGCUGGAAGAAAAGAGCCCUGAUGGCUUUCUGGAUUUAGGCUGAGCACAGUUUGGGAGAGUGUGGAGAUCGGCAGGAAGAGAUGAGUUGUAUUCUGUGGUAGCUGGGAGUGGUGCCACCAACACAAGCAAAGAUUGCCCUUCCUAUCUAUCAGGACAGACAUUCUACCAUGCAGAGUGAUUAUUGGGUUAAGGACUGUAAUUUUAUUUGAAACCCACCAUAACACUGGCCAGUGGGCAGGAUCACUGUGACAGUCUGGUCCAUACUGGUGAUCUUGGCAAAUGAAUGAUGGUCAUUCUAGCAAUGGUUCUUCCACUUUAUGGUAGAUGGAUGUAUUCUGGAUUCUAGCUGAUGAAUUCUUGAUAACAUAGGCUCUUCAAAAAUUAUGGUUUUGUCAAACAUGGAAAAAGAAUAGUGCUGAUUUUGUGUAAAUGGCGCACAUAGCAUGCAGUCAUUUUAGAAAACCUUCCAGAAUGUUCCUCAGAAUAUGAAUUUAUACAAGAGGUGAAGUUGGGGAAUAGGAAUAACAGAUUAUAGCUUGCUGUUUAAACUACACAAAAUAAUAAAAUAGUCUUUUAAGAGGCCAUGACUGAAGGCAUAUGCAUCCUCAAACAGUACUCAAAAAACAGAGAUCAAUGAUUUCAGCUAACUUGAUACCAAUCAGGAUACAGAAUCAGUCUCUGGUCAAAUUCUUAUCUGUAUGUGGGCCAUUUAAAAAGCAAACAAAAUGAAAAAAAACUUGUUAAAAAUGAGAUCAUGGUCCUAGGACCCUUGUUAUUAUUUGAGAAGGAAGGAAGAGCCCUCAAAUGUGUGUGUGUCCAUUCACAUGUGCAGAAAUGGCUUGUUUGGUCCUUAUCCUUUGUAUCAAAGUUGCUGCUCCUUCCCCCUUUAUGUGCCGGGGUGGCUAUCUCCCAUGUGACAACAGUGUGGGAUCAAAUGUGCCACAGCACUGCAGAACAUGCAGAAACACAAAACCCACCCAAAGCACAGUGACAUUUUCCUACGAGAGCCAAGUAGCAUCAUGUACAGAAUAUGCCUUUUUUGUGGGGGGGGUGGGGGGGGAGGGGAGGGGCUGAAAUUGUUCUGCAUGUAUAAUACAGGCUAAUUACGUGUUUAUAUUAAAAUUUGGAAUAAAUUAUCUUGAAACUA